AUGACAAUAGGAAGCAUGGAGAAAGUUGAAGUGUUCACUUCAGAAGGCAAAGGCCGGGGCCUUAAGACCACCAAAGAGCUCUGGGCUGCCGAUGUUGUCUUUGCCGAGCCGGCUUAUUCUGCAGUAGUCUUUGACAGCUUCACGCAGGUCGUGUGCCACACCUGCUUCAAAAGGCAGGAGAAGCUCCAGCGAUGUGGGCAGUGUAAGUUUGCCCAUUAUUGUGACCGGACCUGCCAAAAGGAUGCCUGGUUGAACCACAAGAAUGAGUGUGCUGCCAUCAAGAAGCAUGGGAAGCCACCCAGCGAAAACAUCAGGCUGGCGGCCAGAAUCAUGUGGCGGAUAGAGAGAGAGGGUACUGGACUCACGGAGGGUUGCUUGGUCUCCGUGGAUGACCUGCAGAAUCACGUGGACAGCUUUGGGGAAGAGGAGCAGAAAGACCUUCGCAUGGAUGUGGACAGCUUUUUGAACUUCUGGCCCCCCCAGAGCCAGCAAUUCAGCAUGCAGUAUAUCUCACAUAUAUUCGGAGUGAUCAACUGCAAUGCUUUCACUCUCAGUGACCAGAGGGGCCUUCAGGCCGUGGGGGUGGGCAUCUUCCCCAACCUCUGCCUGGUGAACCAUGACUGCUGGCCCAACUGUACUGUCAUAUUCAACAAUGGCAAUCAUGAGGCUGUGAAAUCUAUGUUUCACACACAGAUGAGGAUCGAGCUUCGGGCCCUGGGGAAGAUCUCAGAAGGAGAGGAGCUGACCGUGUCCUACAUAGACUUUCUCAACAUCAGCCAAGAACGGAAGAAGCAGCUGAAGAAACAAUAUUACUUUGAUUGCACUUGUGAGCACUGUGUGAAGGGGAUAAAAGACGACCUCUUCCUGGCAGUGAAAGAGGACCCCAAGCCUUCUCAGGAUGUGGUGAAGGAGGUGACCCAGUUCUCCAAGGACACUUUAGAGAAGAUUGACAAGGCUCGCUCGGAAGGGCUGUACCAUGAAGUGGUGAAGCUAUGCCGAGAGUGUUUGCAGAAGCAGGAGCCCGUACUGGCUGACACCAACAUCUACGUGCUGCGAAUCCUGAGCAUCGCCUCCGAGGUGCUCUCCUACCUGCAGAGCUUCCAGGAGGCUUCAGACUAUGCCAAGAGGAUGGUCGAUGGUUACCUGAAACUCUACCACCAUAACAAUGCCCAGUUGGGCAUGGCUGUGAUGCGGGCAGGACUGACCCACUGGCACGCCGGGCUCAUCGAGGCUGGGCAUGGGAUGAUAUGCAAAGCCUAUGCCAUACUUCUGGUGACUCAUGGACCUACUCACCCAAUCACUAAGGACCUGGAAGCCAUGCGCAUCCAGUCAGAGAUGGAGCUGCGCAUGUUCCGACAGAAUGAGUUCAUGUACUACAAGAUGCGAGAGGCCACCCUGAGCAACCAGAAGAUUCAGGUCAUGGCGGAGCCAAGCUCAGACACAGCCAUGCCCACCUUUCUUAAGAAGCCAUGA